CCUAGACACACCCAACCCCAACGGAUCUCUCGUUUUCCUGCAGCAAACGAUUUUCAAUCAGUGAUUUUCGAUUCUAGAGAUAGAGUUGAGUUUGCUGUUUAGUUUUCUUUCCCCUGGCUGAUAUUCUGAUUUCUUCUGUGGCUUUGGAAGCUUUCAGAAUUUUCAUCAUUAUAAGCAGGCAUCUUUUGAGACAAAAAGUACUUUCAGCAUGGGUCAAAGAAAUAUGCUAUGCACUAAUCAGAUGAUUGAUCUAGAAAUGGACCAGCAAAACCACGGUUAUCUGCUUCCUGAGCCUGGCAUUGUCUUGGGUACCAUCACGAGUUUCCCACAGCCUGAUAUUCCUAGGAUGGUACCAGCUUCACAGAACAUGUCUAAUCCUGAUUCCCAUCAUUUAACUGGUUGUUAUGCCAGUCCUACGUUUUAUCAUAUGCCCCAGUAUGGUGUUGGGCACCAUCAUCCUGCUGCAGAUUUUGAUCAAGGUGCCGCGAUGGCAUCUAACUUCUAUAUUCCUUCCAUGAAUCCUUCACCUGGUAUUCUUUUACAUCCUGGGUCCUCUGAUCAGUUGCCAUCUUCCAGCAAUUAUGGAGUCGUGGGAGUCUCUGGGGAUGAGUACGGAAGAAAUAACCACUUUGUGGAUAAUAUUAGCGCCUCAUACAAGAGAAAGACUGCUGAAAGAAUUCCUGGGAAUUUCCAUCUUUUUAAUGCCUCAGCAAGUUCUAGUUCAUCCAUAGCCCCUCUGAAUACAAGACAUCCUGAGGGGGUUGCUGCUAUGGAUGCUGCAUCUUUUCCCCAUCCUCAAUUCAGGGGAAAUGGCAUCCAGCAGCCCAUCAGGGAAGUGGGAUCUCAUAGGAGUGUGAGAAACAGAUUAGGUGCUACUGGGUUGGAUCCUGUUCUAGCGCACAACCAUAAACAUUAUAUGCAGGGCAACUAUGUGGGCCAGCCCUUCCGGCCAUAUAGCGAUGUAGGUGUAUCACGAUGGAACCGGCCUCCUUUUAUGACUUACAUGCCAGGGAGUAAUGUAAAUGGAGGUUCUUUGGAGACUGGGAGCAUGGGUCUACCUCACUAUCAUGAGACUGCUAUCAACAGAAGUUCUGGUUCCACAGCUUUCUUGCAAUCUUCUCCGGCUGAUCUCAGGCAAAACAAUUUUCACCAUCUGUCUCCAUCACCAGUUCAACUGUUGAGGGGUCAGAAUGUCAGUCUUCACCCUCAAGUUGCUGCACCUAGAGUUCCGCUAAAUUAUGCCUCUUACAGCGGUAUGAAUCUUCCUCAGGAUAGUAUGGAGAAUUCGCUCAGGCAUCCGGGACCUGUUCCGCCAACGGGUAUUCGGAUUUACCGGCCUCACCGAGAGGGAAGUGGACCUGAGACUUCUUCAAGGCACCACAACCUUCCUUACUUGAGAUUUCUGCCAACUGAAGGGGUUGCAAUGCUAGAGAUUUCUGACAUCUAUGAAAUAGGCAGUUACACCGACCAUCACAGAGACAUGCGCUUGGAUAUAGAGUACAUGUCUUAUGAGGAGCUUCUUGCACUGGGGGAUCGGAUUGGCAAUGUAAGAACUGGGUUGUCAGAAGAACUCAUUAUACGUCAGUUGAAGACAAGAACUUAUUUAUCGUCUACAUCUGUCAAUCUGGAGGAGACAGAACCUGAUUCUUGCAUUAUAUGCCAGGAGGAUUACAAGAGGCAAGAGAAGAUCGGAACUCUUGGUUGUGGACAUGAAUACCAUGCAGAUUGCUUGAAGAAGUGGCUGCUAGUGAAGAAUGUCUGCCCCAUUUGCAAAUCAGAAGCAUUGAGAGAACAGAAGGGCAGAUGAUGAAUCCAGUCAUUGUUCUUUCUAAUUGUUUAUCAAAGUAGGUGAUAUAAUAUAUCUUUGUAAAUGUAAUUUUGCAAACUUGCCUCCAAUGGCUGACGGUCCGAUCGUUCAAUCUUGUUGGCUGUGAUUUAUCAAAACUUGCACGGACUAUGAUGUGUAUACAUUUUAUUUGGGCACUGCAUUAUUUCCUUUUUAAGUAGGUUC